UCGACCGAGGAAGAAGACGACGAUGGUGCGUCCGCACGGGGUCAGGACGAGCAUGGGGCGGCAGCGCAUCGAGAUCCGCCACAUCGAGACCAAGGGCCGGCGGCAGGUCACCUUCACCAAGAGACGGUCCGGGCUGUUCAAGAAGGCGUCGGAGCUCUCCAUCCUCACCGGCGCGCGCCUCGCCCUCGUCGUCCUGUCCGAGGCCCGCAACGCGUUCUGCUUCGGCGACCCGUCCGUCGACGCCGUCCUCCGCUGCUACGCGCCCGUCCUCGGGGUCGACGCCGACGCCGCCGCGCGGCCUGUUGCUUCUUCCUCCCAUGUCCACGGGGCCGCCAACGACGGCGACGACCGCCACGAGGAGCUGAGAAGGGCGGCGGAGGACACCAAGUCGCAGGUCGCGGCGGAGAAGUCGCGGUUGCGCGAGGUGGCGAAGAAGAUCGCGGAUGCGAAGGCGGACAGGCAGUUCUGGUGGGAGGCCGACGUGGAGGCGCUCGGCGAGGCGGAGCUGCCGGAGUUCGCCAGGGCGCUCGAGAAGCUCAUGGCCAACGUGCGCCGCCACGCCGACGACCGGCUGUCCGGACAAAUUCCUCCGAUGCCCUUGCAGAAAGUGCAAAAAUAAUCACUUUUUUGCUCAAAACACUAUCAAGGAACAUCUCUUUAUCAAUGGAGUGCAAAAAGACUACAAAUUAUGGGUCUACCAUGGAGAGGAUGUCCCUAAUUCAGAAGAUAGUGGUAGUAGUGAUAUGGAGGAAAAUCAGGGUGACCAUGGUAUGCAUCAGAUGAUGAAUGAUUUAGGAGAAACUAUGGCCAUGAAUAUGGGAUCAUUAGGUAGUUCAGCACCAGGUUUGGAUGAGGGCAAAGACAGUUCUACGGUGACUAAUGAAGAAACCAACAAAUUCUACAGACUUCUAGAAGAUGCUGAGAAAGACUUAUAUCCUGGGUGCAGUACCUUUUCGACACUAGCAUUCAUUGUCCAAAUGUUAAAUAUCAAGUGUCUUUAUGAUAUUAGUGCAAAUGCAAUGGAAGCUUUGUUUUCCAUGUUAUGCAAGGC